AAACAAAAGAAAAAAAAAUGUUAUAUCCACCGGCUUGUGGGACUCAUUAGUUGUGCAACAGUGUGGGUGCCCUUACCUUUUAUUUGGAUUUUGGAUUUCAAAGAUAUUGUCCCUAUAUUUGUACACACAUAAUCAUUAAAUACCACACCCGAGUUGAAGAUGAUAAUCAUGGACACCUGGUUCAUCAUCGUCGUCUCGCUAUGCAUCUCAGCACUGAUCAAAUCUUUCUUCAAUCUCCUCUUCUCUUCUUCUUCUUCUUCCAACAACAAAAAGAAGCUUCCGCCGGGACCCUCUAUUUUUCCGAUCAUCGGAAACUUUCUUAGAAGGGUUCGUGGCGCCGAAGAAUGCCACUAUCAAUGUCAUGGUGGCCGAGAUGGGGUGGGACUCUAUUUUGUAGUUUGCAGUUGCAGAGACAGAAAGAGGAAAACUGUUUUUCUGACUUCCGAGAUACUGCACCCUUCCCGCGUCAAGAAUUACUCGGCGGCGCGAAACUGGGUUCUCGCCAUCCUAAUUAACCGCCUCAAUAAAUCGCAAUCGGAAUCGAAAUCCGUCAUAGUGGUGGAUCAUUUUCAGUACGCCAUGUUCUGUCUUCUGGUCUUGAUGUGCUUCGGCGACAAGCUUGACGAAAAGCAAAUUAAGGAAAUUGAAAGAGUUCAGAGAGAGUUGUUACUGAGUUUUGUGCGAUAUAACAAACUCAAUUUCUGGCCCACAAUAGGGAAAAUUGUGUUCCGGAAUCGGUGGAAAGAACUGAUACGGCUGCGACGAAAUCAGGUUGCUGUAGUGAUCCCUCUUAUCAGAGCCCGAUCAGUAGAAGUUGCUCUCAAAAAACAACGGAGGAAAGAAGAGUACGGUAGUGGUGUGGUGGCGUACGUCGACACUUUGUUGGAUCUGGAGUUGCCGGAGGAGAAGAGGAAGCUUAACGACGAUGAGAUGGUGAGUCUGUGCGGGGAAUUUCUCAACGCGGGCGCUGACACGACGUCGACGGCGUUGCAGUGGAUCAUGGCUAGCUUGGUGAAGUACCCAGAUGUUCAGGCAAAGUUUUAUGAAGAGGUCACCGGAGUUGUGGGACCGCCGCCACCGCCGCCAUCAUCGGAUGAGGAGUUGGGGUUGACAGUGAUAAAGGAGGAUGAUUUGCAGAGGAUGCCAUACUUGAAAGCGGUGGUGUUGGAAGGGCUGAGGCGUCACCCGCCGGCGCACUUCUUGUUGCCUCACCCGGUGACGGAGGAGGUUGAGUUAGAAGGGUUCGUGGUGCCCAAGAAUGCCACCAUCAAUUUCAUGGUGGCCGAAAUGGGUUGGGACUCUAAAGUAUGGGAUGAUCCCAUGGAGUUCAAGCCAGAGAGAUUCUUGAGUUCUACUACUGUCAAUGGGAAUGGUGGUGAUAAAGAAGCGGUAGUCGGCGGAGGAGGAGGGGAAGCUGGUGGUUUUGACAUAACCGGGAGCAGAGAAAUCAAGAUGAUGCCAUUUGGAGCAGGAAGGAGGAUUUGUCCCGGGUCGGGUUUGGCUUUGCUUCACUUGGAGUAUUUUGUUACUAAUUUGAUUUGGUAUUUCAAAUGGACGGCUGGUGAUGAUGGUGAUGUUAAUCUAUCAGAGAAGCAAGAGUUCACUAUUGUGAUAAAGAAUCCGUUGCGGGUCCAUCUCUCUCAAAGGACAAAACAACAUUAAUAAUGGAAUAUUUAUUAUUAUAGAUUAAAAAUAUGGUCUAUUGGUCGUCUAUUUAUUUAAUUUUAUGUAAUAUCCUAUCCAACUUGCCUUGUUUCUUCUGGUGUGCUGUUAUGCAUAGACGGUUGCAACUGGACUGGGAUUUGCCGUCCUUCAUCAGACCACCGCCGGAGCCGCCAGAUCAAGCCACUUAGGGUUGUAAACCCUAAUCUUGUUCUCACCGGAAGAGUAUUCAAUUUAGACACGCAUAGUCUACAGUUCGUUAGACUAGAAGUGUCUUUGAUUCUGUAAGGCUUUUUGGCCUUUGCACGUCUUUGGUGUAUGUUUGGGCUCCUGUAUCCUCUUUGUUUGUUUGUUGGUUUGGGUUGUCCACGUUUUGUGGGCUUUCCCUUAUGGUUUGUGCAUUUUACCUUUCAAUGAAUCCUACUUUCCAAAAAAAAAAAAAAAGGUCAUCAAUGCUGCUUAUUAGUAUGUCAUAUAUAUUAUAUACAAAUCAUGUGUCCGUGUAACUAUGGUUUACCCAACAAACAAAAACAAAAGAUGGAAAUUUAUAAGUCAAUGUAAGCAUGAA